CGCUCCUUGGAAACUCUGUGGGCAGUUCUACUCUGUCCCAUAGGGUUUCUGUGAGUUGGAAUUGACUCGACGGCUACAGGUUUUUUCUCUGAUAGGCUUCCGCCUUACACAGAUUCUGGCUUUCACAGGUUUUACUGUAUUUUAGUGUUUGAAGGCGUUGCUUCCCUAAACAGGCUCAAGACUGUAGGGAUGUGGAUUCUGAAUCCCCAGAUAGCAGAGACCCUUGGUUUAUUUGUAUGAACCCAUAGCACUGUGGUCUGUGGAAAAGAGCACUGGAUCAUGAGUUGAGAGAUCUAAAUUCUAGCCUCACUUCUGCCGCUAAGUAGCUGUAUGAUCAUGGACAAGUCACUUAAUGUUCUCAGGCAUUAAUUUACUUCUAGGUGAAACGGAUAUUUAAGCCUGGCAAGAGUGCUGUCAUUUUGUCUCAUAGAAUCCUACAACCUAGUGGUCAUCAACCAGCUCCUUCUAUUUUUUAGUUUAUUUGUUCCUUCUUUCUCUAAAAUAAUUUCAAUAACCACAUUCCUGUGUAAUUAUAGUUGUGGUAAAGCUGUAAUCAACACUUGGGUACAAUUUUAUAUUCUGCGCUUUUCACUAGUCUUCUCUCUGAUAAAGUGUUUCACAUAUCAUAUUCUUAAUAUCAUUUUUUUUUUCACAGUUAUCUUUUUUUAAUGACUGCUUGGUAUUUCAUUGAGUAAAUGUGCUUUUAGUACGUUUCAGUGUUUUCUGACCAUUGGGCAUCUAUCUCUGUAUUUCUAGAGUUUUGUGGUUUUUUGGCUGUGUUACCAUGGACGUCUUUGUAGGUGGACAGUUUUUGUAAGAAUAGCUUCUCGCACAUGCAGUAUGGCUCUGUGUGCGCUGCCGUACCCGAAGGCCAUUUGCGGCUGCUGUAAACAGGAAGAAACAAAUGAAGGCGAAGCGUCUGGCUCACUGAAGCGGGGGAGGAAAAUUGAAACUGGGAAAACAUUGCCUACUGCUGUUGCCCAGCAGGGCAAACAGGAACCCCUGGGAGUGGGCUUAGAAGAACAGAGGAACAAUACAGAGAGCCAGCUGGGAUUCUGAACGGCAUCUUCAGGUGCUGGACUGUCCUGCUGCACCGCACCUAGUAGUGAUCACCUGGGAAGGCUGGUGACCCAUGUGUUCGUCAGGCCAGCAGGCUAGUCCAGAGAACAAGCUGUCCCCAGAAGGGGUACAGUCUCAAGGAGCAGCUGUGUCCACAGCUCGUGGAGCACCAUGAGCUGAGUUAGCUAAUCCUGCAUCAUUAAAAAUUGCAGCACUUUCCAUUUUUACUCAAGAUCUUGGGCAUUUUCAGUGCAUCCUCGGGGAGAAUAAUCUGUUCAUCCACUGUGAUUGUAUUUGCUCCCUGGGAUCUAGGUAGAAGAGGCAGAGCUGACACUUUUCACGUCUCACUGGCCAUGUCUCUGGUCUGUGAGAGUCGUGGCUUGCUCUGCACAUUGGGGUGAACUCCUUGCAGUGCUUGUUCCACAUAACUUGCCACAAUGCUGAGGUGGGGUACGCGGCAAGAAGGGGGACCGUGCAGUGCUGAAACUGGGGGUAACGUGGUUGUUUGCGGAAACCCCAGUGGCGUAGUGGUUAAGAGCUGUGGCUGCUAACCAAAAGGUCGGCAGUUCAAAUCCACCAGGCGCUCCUUGGAAACUCUGUGGGGCAGUUCUCCUCUGUCCUGUGGGGUCGCUAUGAGUCACAGUCAGCUCAGCGACAGCGGGGUUUGGUUGUCUGCAGUCGCGUGUGGUAAAUGUUUCAGGUACAGCCAGUUAGGGUGGAUCCAGUCAAGGCAGUUUUGGUCAUGAUUUAAAUUAACAAGUAGAUUAAAAAAAAAAAAAAGCCUAGAAAAUUACAGAAAUUGUGUGUCAAAUUCCACUGUGCUAAGUCCAUGGUAGUGAGGGAUAUUGAUAAAGUAUAAUGUAGUCCAGUAUUUUCAAAAAGGUUAACAUAAGCCCAAACCAAUUCUUUAAAUAUACAUACACACGUACAUACGUAUGUACGUACAGGUAGUCCCUGACAACGUAUUCAAGUUACGACGAGUUUUGCUUAUGAUCAUCUAUUUUUUUUUUUGAACAUCUUAUCAGUAAUGUUAGUAACAUACUUCAUGCAGUAUUGCAGCACAUAAUUUGCUGAUGUUAUCAUUCUCAAAGAUGUGCACUCGCAGAUGUUCAAAGAUAGGAUUUAUAAAAAUACUGUCAAUAAAAGGAAGGCGAUAAAAAAGAUAUUCGACUUCCGUUAGAACCGACUUACAAGGGAGUCGUCAGAACGGAAUCCCGUCGUAAGUCAGGGAUUACCUGUGUGUGUAAAGUUUUGGAAGUUACAUUUUAUAAUUUUAAAAACUGUUUUUUCCCCUCCAGAUUCUAGGUACAUUGGAGACUGGCUAUUUUCUCAAACUGAAGGAGAAACCCAUGAAGUGAUGAUGAAUUCUCUUUGAGUUUCAAAUGAUAGAAUAAGAAAGAGAUUGCAAAGUGUAGAGUUCAAGUAGAUGACCUUGAAGACGCAGAAAGCUGUGAUAUGAAGAUUUGAAGCCCUUCCACAUGCGAAGCCAUGAUUUAAAUGCAGUAUCAGCACUAACCUUUCAGAAAGAGUUUUCACUCGAAGAUAAAGAACAAUUUACUAACGGCAAAAGAGGAAUCGAUGCUAAGUUUUUAGCUGCACUUCCUAAAGUUGCAGAAUUAAGAAAAAUCUUUGAACCAAAGAGGAAAGAACUUUUAGAAAUGAAAAGAAAAGAAAGGAUUGCCAGGCGCUUGGAAGGGAUUGAAAAUGACACCCAGCCCAUCCUCCUGCAGAGCUGCACAGGGUUAGUGACUCAUCGCCUGCUGGAGGAAGACACGCCCAGAUACACGCGCGCCACAGACCCUGCCAGCCCCCACAUUGGCCGAUCAAAUGAAGACGAAGAAACUUCUGAUUCUUCUCUAGAAAAGCAAGCGCGAUGGAAACAGUGUACGGAACCCCCCGGUGUCCAUGGUGACGCCUCGUAUGGUUCAGGCACCAUGGACACCCAGAGUCUUGAGUCCAAAGCUGAAAGAAUAGCAAGGUACAAAGCGGAAAGGAGACGGCAGCUUGCAGAGAAAUACGGGCUGACUCUGGAUUCCGAAGCCGACUCCGAAUACUCACCUCGAUAUACCAAGUCCAGGAAGGAUCCUGAUGCCGGUGAGAAAAGGGGAGGGAAAAGUGACAAACAGGAAGAUCUGAGUAAAGAUUUGAGUUCUGUAUACUCCAGGACUGAGACUGUGGGGCUCCGGACCUGCACGGCUGAAUCCAAGGACUAUGCUUUCCCUGCCAGUGAGAGCGUUUCCGACAAGGAGGUGCUCCUGAACGUGGAAAACCAAAGACGAGUUCAAGAGUUAAGUGCCACCGGGCAGGCCCAUGACCUGCCCCCAGCGGUUGAGAGUUCCUCAUCCUUCUCCUUCCCUGGGCGACGAGAGUCCUCUUUCAGUGAAGUGCCAAGGUCUCCCAAGCAAACGCACAGAGGACCCCUCUCCUCGCCUAAGCAGCCAGCCUCCCCCAGCCACUCCGUUGCUGAGCCUCCAUCACACACAGAGAUUCGAUCCAGUACAGGGAAACUCAAACAUGAGUGGUUUCUCCAGAAAGAUUCCGAAGGGGACACACCUUCACUUAUCAACUGGCCUUCCAGAGUAAAAGUUAGAGAAAAAUUGGUGAAAGAGGAGAGUGCUCGAAGCAGCCCUGAACCUGCCUCAGAGUCACUAACUCAGAGGAGACAUCAGCCAGGGCCCGCGCCUUACCUGUCCUUUCAGUCCGAAAACUCGGCUUUUGACAGGGUCCUGAGCAAGGCAUCCAGCUCGGCCCGGCAGCCGAUCCGUGGCUAUGUUCAACCAGCAGAUCCUGUUCACACUGCCAAGCUGGCGACCACAGAAAACCUAGAUAACGUCUCCGAGUGCAGCUGGGUGGAAUCAGCCACCCAGCAGCUAAUGAAACCUUCCACCUCAAAGGUUUUAGAAGGUGAGGGAAGGGAUACCCCAGUUCUCCAUAUUUAUGAAUCAAAAACAGAAGAAGAUGUGGUCUUACCCGAAGCUCCCAAGAAAAGCAGGAAAACAUUUUUGACUUUGGAGGAUCGUGGGCUUGUGAGAAGCCAAGAAGAAGACGUCUCUGGAAAUGAGCACUUUGGUAAACCUGUUGUUAGUGCCGUCACCGGAGAGCAUCAGAAGGAGGAAGAACUUCCGUCAUACCCACCUGAAGCUCAGCACCAGCCCACUGAGAGAAGGGGCAGGAGUGAAAUGGUUUUGUAUGUUCAGCGUGAGCCUGUGUCCCAAGACGUCAACCUGGCAGGUCCCAAAAAGGAAGUCUCUACAAAGAAGCACAAGGUCCUCACCCGCUCACUCUCUGACUACACUGGCCCCACUCAGCUCCAGGCCUCGAAUUGCAAGGACCUCGUUUCCAAGCGAGAGCUGGAGCCGCAGAGUUCCAGAGCAGAAGGGCCCUAUGCGGAGGUUGGGAUGGUGGACACCAAGGUCUCCGUCGCCCAGCUCCGAAGUGCGUUUCUGGAGUCCAUCAGUGCCAGCAAGAAACCUGAGCUCCGUUCACGGGUUGAGAGGUCAACCGAAGGAGUUGGCUCGCCCACCGGUAUGGAACGGGAGAGAGUGUCCCGGAAACCAAGACGCUAUUUUUCUCCUGGUGAAAGUAGAAAGACUUCUGAGAGAUUUAGAACUCAACCUAUAACCUCAGCAGAACGAAAGGAGUCGGAUAGAUCUACUUCACAUUCAGAAAUGCCAACUGCCGAGGAUGAAGAAAAGGUAGAUGAACGAGCCAAGCUGAGUGUUGCUGCCAAGAGGCUACUUUUCAGGGAAAUGGAAAAAUCAUUUGAUGAAAAGAAGGUUCCUAAACGACGCUCCAGAAACCUGGCAGUGGAGCAAAGGCUUCGCCGCCUGCAGGACAGAUCCCACACCCAGCCCGUCACCACAGAGGAGGUGGUGAUCGCAGCCACUGAACCUAUCCCUGCUUCGUGUUCUGUGGCCACCGAGCCUCUAAUGGCAAGACUUCCUAGCCCCACUGUAGCUCAGAGCACUGUGCAGCCUGCCAGGUUACAGGCAUCCGCUCACCAAAAGGCGUUAGCUAGGGACCAGGCAAAUGAGGGCAAAGACUCUGCUGAACAAGGUGAACCCGAUUCUUCCACUCUCAGCCUGGCGGAGAAGUUGGCCUUGUUUAACAAGCUGUCCCAGCCUGUGUCAAAAGCUAUUUCUACCCGGAACAGAAUAGACACGAGACAGAGGAGAACGAAUGCUCGCUAUCAAACACAGCCGGUCACACUUGGAGAGGUGGAACAGGUUCAAAACGGAAAGCUCGUUCCUUUCGCACCUACCGUUAACACGUCUGUAUCCACCGUGGCACCCACUGUCACACCCAUGUAUGUGGGCGAUCUUCGGGCAAAGCCAUCUAUUGAUGACCAUACAAGUGCCAUUGACUACAAGUUGCCUUCUUCGAUAGAUAACUCAGACUCUCCGGUUCGAAGCAUUCUGAAAUCACAAGCAUGGCAGCCUCCAGUAGAGGAUGGCGGGAACAAAGGAACCCUGAAAGUAUUUGGAGAGGCAGAAAGCAAGCAAGUCUUGAGCAGCGGGUACAGUUGGGCUAGAAAGUAUGAAUCUUUUGAGGAAGCAGAACCAUCCUACCCUGUUCUUAGUAGAGUCAGGGGAGGAGACAGCCUUAAAGAACCUAAAUACGCCAUCCCAAGAAAAGGAAGCAUGGAGCUAGCGAGUCCUUCCAUAGCCCAUCUUUGUGAUGAGCUGAAGGAAUUUUCCACUGCUGAAAGCUCUGCACCCGGGGACCAGGACUUGGAAGACAGGCGGCCCUUUGAAGAGAAGGUAGAGAUGGAGGAUGUCAGGAGAAGCGAGUUUUCUCUGAGAGCAGCGGAGCUCGGGGAGCCCACUUGUGAGCAGACGGACACAGUGGCUGGGAAGGCCGCUGCUCCAGCCGCAACCCCGAUGUCCUGUAAGCAGCCAGACUCUGGAGAACAAGCACAGGAGAAGCUCUAUAAGAAUCCAUGUGCCAUGUUUGCUGCCGGAGAGAUCAAAGCACCAAUGGUAGAGGGCAUCCUUGACUCACCCAGCAAAACCAUGUCAAUUAAAGAAAGGUUGGCACUGCUGAAGAAGAGCGGAGAGGAGGAUUGGAGAAACAGACUUAACAAGAAGCAGGAGUAUGGCAAAGCGUCUGCCGCCAGCAGCCUGCACAUACAAGAACCAGAGCAGUCGUUCAAGAAGAAGCGGGUCACAGAGAGCCGGGGCAGCCAGAUGACCAUCGAGGAGAGGAAGCACCUCAUCACUGUGCGAGAAGAAGCCUGGAAGACAAAAGGCAAAGGAGCGGCCAACGACUCCACCCAGUUCACAGUGGCCGGGAGGAUGGUGAAGAAAGGUUUGGCAUCACCUACCGCCAUAACUCCAGUAGCUUCCCCUGUUUGCAGUAAAAUAAGGGGCACUACCCCAGUUUCCAAACCCCUAGAAGAUAUCGAAGCCAGACCAGACAUGCCUUUGGAAUCCGACCUGAAGCUGGACAGGCUGGAGACCUUCCUACGAAGGCUGAACAGCAAAGUUGGUGGGAUGCAAGAAACCAUCCUCACUGUCACUGGUCAAUCCGUGAAAGAGGUAAUGAAGCUGGAUGACGAUGAAACCUUCGCCAGAUUUUACCGCAGCGUGGAUCAUGCCACACCAAGAAGUCCCGCCGAGCUGUACCAGGACUUUGAUGUUAUUUUCGACCCUUACACGCCCAAGUUGACCUCUUCUGUGGCUGAGCACAAGCGUGCAGUCAGGCCGAAGCGCCGGGUGCAAGCUUCCAAAAACCCCCUGAAAAUGCUGGCGGCGAGAGAAGAUCUUCUUCAGGAAUACACGGAACAGAGAUUAAACGUUGCUUUCAUGGAGUCCAAACGGAUGAAGGUGGAAAAAAUGUCCUCCAACAACAACUUCUCAGAAGUCACCCUGGCGGGUUUAGCCAGCAAAGAAAACUUCAGCAACGUCAGCCUGCGGAGCGUCAACCUGACGGAGCAGAAUUCCAACAACAGCGCGGUGCCCUACAAGAAGCUGAUGCUGUUACAGAUCAAAGGAAGAAGACAUGUGCAGACAAGACUGGUUGAGCCACGAGCUUCGUCCCUCAACAGCGGGGACUGCUUCCUUCUCUUAUCUCCCCAUUACUGCUUCCUGUGGGUCGGAGAGUUUGCAAAUGUCAUAGAAAAGGCAAAGGCCUCAGAACUUGCAACUUUAAUUCAGACGAAGAGGGAACUUGGUUGUAGAGCUACCUAUAUCCAAACUAUCGAAGAAGGAAUUAAUACACACACCCACGCAGCCAAAGACUUCUGGAAACUCCUAGGCGGCCAAACCACUUACCAAUCUGCUGGAGACCCCAAAGAAGAUGAACUGUAUGAAACAGCCAUAAUAGAAACAAACUGCAUUUACCGUUUGAUGGAGGACAAACUUGUACCUGAUGAUGACUACUGGGGGAAGAUCCCCAAGUGCUCCCUUCUGCAAUCAAAAGAGGUGUUGGUGUUUGAUUUUGGCAGUGAAGUUUACGUGUGGCAUGGAAAAGAAGUCACCUUAGCACAACGAAAAAUUGCAUUUCAGCUGGCAAAACACUUAUGGAAUGGAACCUUUGACUAUGAGAACUGUGACAUCAAUCCAUUGGAUCCUGGAGAAUGCAACCAGCUUAUUCCCAGAAAAGGACAAGGGCGGCCUGACUGGGCAAUAUUUGGGAGACUUACUGAACACAAUGAGACGAUUCUUUUCAAAGAAAAGUUUCUUGAUUGGACGGAACUGAAGAGAGGAAAUGAGAAGAACGCCGGUGAACUCAGCCAGCAGAAGGAAGAUCCUAGGGCCGAGGUCAAAUCAUACGACGUGACACAGAUGGUGUCAGUGCCCCAGACGGCCACCGGCAGUGUCCUGGACGGGGUGAACGUGGGCCGUGGCUACGGCCUGGUGGAAGGGGACGACCGGCGGCAGUUUGAGAUCACCAGUGUCUCAGUGGAUGUCUGGCACAUCCUGGAGUUCGACUACAGCAGGCUCCCCAAACAGAGCAUUGGGCAGUUCCACGAGGGGGACGCCUAUGUGGUCAAGUGGAAGUACAUGGUGAGCACAGCAGUGGGAAGUCGGCAGAAGGGGGAACAUCCCAUGAGAGUGGCCGGCAAAGAGAAGUGUGUCUACUUCUUUUGGCAAGGCCGGCACUCAACGGUGAGCGAGAAGGGGACGUCAGCACUGAUGACUGUGGAGCUGGACGAAGAAAGGGGUGCCCAGAUCCAGGUUCUCCAGGGCAAGGAGCCCCCCUGUUUUCUGCAGUGUUUCCAGGGAGGGAUGGUGGUGCACUCCGGGAGACGGGAAGAAGAAGAAGAAAAUGUGCAAAGUGAGUGGAGGCUGUACUGUGUGCGCGGAGAAGUCCCCAUUGAAGGAAAUUUGCUGGAAGUCGCUUGUCACUGUAGUAGCCUGAGGUCCAGAACGUCCAUGGUUGUUCUCAACGUAAAUAAAGCCCUCAUUUACCUGUGGCACGGGUGCAAAGCACAAGCCCACACAAAGGAGGUUGGAAGAACCGCGGCAAAUAAAAUCAAGGAACAGUGCCCCCUGGAAGCAGGACUGCAUAGUAGCAGCAAAGUGACGAUCCACGAGUGUGAGGAAGGAUCGGAGCCCCUGGGGUUCUGGGACGCUUUAGGAAGGAGAGACAGAAAAGCCUACGACUGUAUGCUACAAGAUCCUGGAAAUUUUAACUUCACGCCCCGCCUGUUCAUCCUCAGCAGCUCUUCCGGCGAUUUCUCAGCCAUAGAGUUCGUGUAUCCCGCCCGAGACCCCUCUGUGGUCAAUUCUGUGCCCUUCCUGCAGGAAGAUCUGUACAGUGCCCCACAGCCAGCACUGUUCCUGGUGGACAAUCACCAUGAGGUGUACCUCUGGCAAGGCUGGUGGCCCAUUGAGAACAAGAUCACCGGUUCCGCCCGCAUUCGCUGGGCCUCAGACCGGAAGAGCGCCAUGGAGACAGUGCUCCAGUACUGCAAAGGAAAAAACAUCAAGAAGCCACCCCCCAAGUCCUACCUUAUCCACGCUGGUCUGGAACCCCUGACGUUUACUAAUAUGUUUCCCAGCUGGGAGCACAGAGAGGACAUUGCUGAAAUCACAGAAAUGGAUACAGAAGUUUCUAACCAGAUCACCCUUGUGGAAGACGUCUUAGCCAAGCUGUGUAAGACUAUUUAUCCCCUGGCCGAUCUCCUAGCCAGGCCACUACCCGAGGGAGUCGAUCCGCUAAAGCUUGAAAUUUACCUGACCGAUGAAGACUUUGAGUUUGCACUCGACAUGACUCGAGACGAGUACAACGCGCUGCCCUCCUGGAAGCAGGUGAACCUGAAGAAAACCAAAGGGCUGUUCUGAGCACCGGUGCCGCCGUCGGCAGAGUGUGCUGGAGGAACGGGUCUCGGCUGUCACUUCUGAUACCGUUGGACCAGCAAAUCAGAGAUUGUUUUGGACUGGUAUUUCUAAAAAAACAGAAACAACAUUUUUAAUCCAAGUGUUCAAAACCUGGAGUGAUUAGCUGUACUGCUUGUCCUGGAGUUGUGUAUUUUGUAAAUGUGUAAGAGAACUCAUUGGAAACGUUCCUUCCCCGAUUCAGCAGGUAACGUUAAUACAGGUCUCUUCUGCGUGCCCUUCAACAGUGGUUCCUCGGCAGAUGCUGCCACGCUGUCCUCUCUCGUCAGCUGGCUGCCGCCUUUUCUUUUUUUGGAAGCAGAUCUCUUUAUAAAGUGUUAUUUUGAUAGUUUGUGGAUUCUAAAAUAUAUAUAUAUAUAUUUAUAUAAACACCAUAUAAAUCAAGUAUGUAUUUAACAAAGCACUAUGUAUUCAUUCACUUUGAAGAUUUUUUUUUCUUUUUUUGGUGUCAAAAUAAUAUUAAAAGGUAGAUGGAGUUGCUUCUGUUGAAUUAGCUCUGCCACCAAUAUGUAUCUUUAUACACAUUUGGAAACAUUUCCUUCAGCAUUAAGGAUGACUUGUUCUGAGUACUGCUUCCGGUGCUAACAUGAACGAAGAAUUUGUACUUAAUGACAUAGAUUCUGAAGAAUCUAUGGGAAUCAACCUUUCUACCUUAAUAUUGCCCCAAAAAUGUAUAGUGCCUUGUUUUUAUGUACAGUUUAUAUACAGAGAAGUUUGGUCUGCAUUUUUGAUGAUGGUUUGGAACAUUAUCUACAAUUUUACUCUAAAAUAAUAGAAAUAAAAACAUCUCGAUUUCUUAUAUUUGUUGUAAACAUUAAACAUGUUUUUUGUGUUCUAGGACUCCAAAAUAAAGCUUCAGAAUAAACACAGCAAUUAAUUGAUUGGUUCACAUUGAAUUCCAAGCAUGUUCUUUUUUGAAAAAUAUUGUUUGUAAAGAUUAACCAAGAACCAAUAUUUCCCCAUUAUUAACUGCUGUUACUGUCCCCCAGGAGGGACAGUAACAAAGACACCAAAAAUAAAGCCGUCUAGUGACCUGUGAGCUUCUCAAAGAUCACAGUGAAUAGUUCAAAAUCGAAUAAUUGAAAAUUGGUUGUGUUGGUGUGGCAUGUGACCCAACAAAGGCUUCCUCCUUAAAAAAAAUAAAUAAACGAAUUGCAUUGCAUACACUUGCACUUUCCACAUCAGAGGAGGUUACCUAUAUCAGGUGUACCCCUAGGACUAGACCAGGAAGACAGAUGUGCACAGGCGAGGCAGUGGGGGCCCCCUGCUCCUGUACUCAGUUCUCUGGAUGUGCCGUGUAUGUUGAGCUCGUAAGGAAACACCCCACAGGUUUCACCGUUUGAAUGCACAGUGCUUACUGUUGGUCCCUGAGGACUAACAGGGAAGGAAGAUCUGCAGACUAGCACCCCUCAUUUCUUAUAAUGAACCAGUCCUCCACUGAGAUUUUAUCUUGUGCAGCUGAGAUUACAAAAAAAGCUCCAGGAGCAGAAAAGAAUGCAGGCUAUGGUAAUGGAAGGCACAGUACCAAACUUGGCGCGCCUUCACAGUCUUCUCAAAGCUCCAGGAAAAUGUUCUUGACACCUCAUGUCAUGGCCUUCUGGAAGUCCCUUAUAGGAUAUAUUGGAACUGACUUGUAUUAUCGGGAAAUUGACAUAAAUUGUCUGUUAUUAAAUCUCACUGAAUUAUUAAGUCCAGCUUUACCAUCUGAACACCAUUUUAGCAUCCAGCCUGAAAUGGUUGUAACAGGAUUUGUUAGCAACAUAAAGAUACAGAAAUGUUGCUGUAUUGAACGACGAUGAACAAGCAGCCUUAUGUCUAUAAAGAAAUCACAGAAAAAUGAAAUGGGACAGGGAUGAGAGGCAAGCAUGACUGGCACUUUCUGAUCCGGGGAUUUCUGCAUAUGGACAAAGUAAGCAACUGAAGAACGCGUUUGGAAACGAAAACAUGGUUCGCAUCUGAGUCCAUCCUCGGAGAAGAUGCUAACAUAGACGCCCACCUCUCCCAGUGUCUCCUACCCUCACUUGCAGUAGAUUGUCCCCAACAAGGUACUCAGGCUUCCUGAAGGAGGCCGUACCCUUUUUCUAAAUCAGGAAUCACAGAGUUAACACGAAGCAUCGUUUGCUAAAUGAUCACAUUUCGGG